AUGGCAAGUUCUGCCUCGCUGGAGACGGUGAUGUCCUGCGGUAGGACCGGACCGUCCGCGGCACCCAAGACCCUGGCCUUCUCCAUAGACCGGAUCAUGUCCAAGAGCUCGGAGCCGAAGGGGAGCACGGAGGAGCGGGCAGAAGGGAAGAAGCUGCUGGGGCUCUGCUCCCCGGUCCCCUGCAUGAUCCCGCUGCAGCCCUUCAGCUACGACCUCCAAGCCAAGGCGCUGAUGAACUACUCGGAGCUGUGGAGAGCCAGUUUGAGGGGGACUUUUUGCGGUUCUGCAGCCGCUCCGUGCAAAGGGAACUGCGGCUUAUGCGGCAAAGCGGAGCCGAGCUUGAAGCAGCCGCUGCUGACGUCGGGGAGCAGGGUGGUGAAACCGCAGGUCAUCCACCAGGCCGUGGCCGUGCCCAGCGGAGGCUCGCUCUACUAUCUCAACUACCUGGACUCUGCGUACCAGCAGUCCGAACUGCUGGCCGGACACUGGGUUUCCAACCCGCAGGCGCAGGCCUCUCUGUCGGCGCACCACAGACUCUUGCUGCUGGAGAACGCCAAACUGGCAGGGGUCGGGGCCGACAAGUUACCCACGCCUCAGUACCCGCACAAGGAACAUCUGCCGGGGCAACUGGACCAGAUAGUGAAGGAGAACCACGGCCUGAGCGCCGAGAAGAACGGAGUCAAGACGCACAGCAAGCUGAGCGGCAGCGGCACCGCAGACGGCAAACCCAAAAACUUCACGUGUGAAGUGUGUGGAAAGGUUUUUAACGCGCAUUACAAUCUAACCAGACACAUGCCGGUGCACACCGGGGCCCGGCCCUUCGUGUGUAAAGUAUGCGGCAAAGGAUUCCGACAGGCCAGCACGCUGUGCAGACACAAGAUCAUCCACACGCAGGAGAAGCCUCACAAGUGCAACCAGUGCGGGAAGGCGUUCAACAGGAGCUCGACGCUCAACACUCACGUACGGAUCCACGCCGGGUACAAACCGUUCGUGUGCGAGUUCUGCGGGAAAGGCUUCCAUCAGAAAGGAAACUACAAGAACCACAAGCUGACGCACAGCGGCGAGAAGCAGUACAAGUGCUCCAUCUGCAACAAGGCCUUCCACCAGAUCUACAACCUGACCUUCCACAUGCACACGCACAACGACAAGAAGCCCUUCACCUGCGCCACCUGCGGCAAGGGCUUCUGCCGCAACUUUGACCUGAAGAAACACAUCAGGAAGCUGCACGACAACGGCUUCUCUGCGGCCACAGAGGCCUCCAGACAACUGCAGAGCUGA